AUGAACGAAGAAAUCCACGAUUCGCAAACACGCCCCGAAACCCCAAUCCAAAUAGACGAGAAAGAAGUAUCCGAGCUCCAACAGAGCAUCCGCGAGCUCGAAGCACAAUACUUCGAUGCAAGUAGCAUGGCGCCGCUCUCCACAGCCUCUCUCACGGCAUUAGCACGACUACGCGCGUACAAAGCACCCCCCUUCGACACAAUAUGGAAUGCACUCCCCACGAGUCGACGAGCCGCAGUACUCGUCCUGCUAUUCGCCGACCGCCGAGGAGACCUCCGAGUCGUACUAACCAUGCGAUCGAACACGCUCCGGAAUUUCUCCGGCCAAGCCGCUUUUCCAGGCGGAAAAGCCGAUUCCCUCUCCGAGACGCCGUUUGAGAUUGCGCGUCGAGAAGCUAGUGAGGAAAUUGGUCUUCCGAGAUAUGAUCAUAAGAUUCCGCCUCCGUUUAAGAUUGAACAUUUAUGUCAAUUACCAUCCAGUUUAGCGCGGACGACUUUGGCUGUGCGUCCUUGUGUUGCGUUUUUGCAUGCUGAUGAUACGGGUGGGAAAGGUGCUAGUGUGGAGGAGGAUAUGAUUCCUAGACUUGAUGCGCGGGAAGUAGCGGCGGUAUUUUCCGCUCCGUUUCACAAUUUUUUGCGUGUCGAAGAUGAAGUCAGGAAAGAAGAUGAAUCUUUGUUGCCUGGGAAGAAAAAUGAUUGGUAUAGUGGAGCUUGGCAUGAAUGGCAUGAUACACAGUGGCGUAUGCAUAAUUUCUAUGUACCGAUCACGAACCAAAAAGUAUCGAAGCCAAAAGUUAGAGAAGGGGGGCAGGCUGCUAUUGCGGAGGAGCUGGAUGACCAAGAGGAGCAGGGAUUAACACGAUAUAAAGUUUGGGGGAUGACAGCGAGAAUUUUAGUUGAAUUGCAUAUGAGGAAGAGCCAGAAUUUGAGGUAG